AUGGUGAAGCAGAUCGAGAGCGAAUAUGCUUUUCAGGAAGCCUUGAACAGUGAGGGGAACACUUUAGUAGUUGACUUCUCUGCCACAGGGUGUGGGCCUUGCACAAUGGUCAAGUCCAUCUCUCAUCCCCUCUCUGAGAAGGAUCCCAACGUGGUGUGCCUUGAAGUAGACGUGGGUGACUGUCAGAGGUUGCUUCAGAGUGUGAAGUCAACCCUCCCGUUUUUAAAAAAGGAACAGAAGGUGGGUGAAUUUUCUGGAGCUGAUAAGGAGAAACUUGAAGCUACCAUUAAUGAAUUCAUCUAA